GGUCAAAAAUCAAAUAUUAUUCUGUGAUCCCAAAAAAAAAAAAAAUUAAUAUCAACAAACAACAGAGUAGAGAGAUUCUCUUAUAUAUUGAUUCCUCUCCCACUCUCUUCUUCCGACGCGUGUCCUUGCUUACUCGAAUCUCCGACGAAACGAAUCGAAUCUUGACGACGGACGACGACGAUGGAGGAUCCCGAUAACAAGAAGCUCAGAUCAACCCCGCGGAACGCCGAUGACGUCAUCUCGAUAGUCAUGCCGUACGUAACCGACCCCAAAGACCGCGAAUCCGCCUCCCUCGUCAACCGAACGUGGCUCAGAGCGGACUCGGAGACGAGAGACCACGUCACCAUGGCCCUAUGCUACGCCUCCGCACCCGAUCGCCUCGCCCGCCGGUUCCCGAACCUGAGGUCGCUCAAGCUCAAAGGGAAGCCUCGCGCCGCGAUGUUCAACCUCAUCCCCGAUAAUUGGGGAGGGUUCGUUACCCCCUGGGUGAACGAGAUCGCCUUGUCGCUCCGGAGGAUCAGGUCGGUGCAUUUCAGGAGGAUGAUCGUGCGUGAUUUGGAUCUUGAUGUUUUGGCGAGAGCGAGGGGGGAUGAGCUCGAGGUUUUGAAGCUUGAUAAGUGCUUAGGGUUCUCUACCGAUGGGCUCUUGAGCGUCGUUAGACACUGCAGGAAUAUCAAAACGUUGGUGAUGGAAGAGAGUUCUUUCCUUGAAAAGGACGGUAACUGGCUACACGAGCUUGCCCUGCACAACACGUCUCUCGAGGUGUUAAACUUGUACAUGACCGAGCUCACAAAACUCAGCCCCAGAGACUUGGAAACCAUAGCUAGGAACUGCCACCGCUCUCUGGUCUCUGUCAAGGUCGGUGACGUUGAGGUGCUGGAGCUACUCGGGUUCUUUAAAGCUGCUGUUAACCUUGAGGAGUUUUGUGGUGGCGCCUUGGAUGAGGAUCCUGAAACGCCUGACAAGUACAUCAAACUCACUUUCCCUCCAAAGCUAAGUCGUCUGGGCCUCACUUACUUGGGAGCUAACGAAAUGCCAAUGAUAUUCCCAUUCGCUGCCCAAAUCCGGAAGCUGGAUCUGCUCUUUGCGUUUCUUGGGACUGAUGAUCAUUGUAAACUAAUCCAAAAGUGUCCUAAUUUGGAAGUUCUUGAGACGAGGAAUGUGAUCGGAGAUAAGGGUCUAGAGGUUCUUGCACAGUGCUGUAAGCAGUUGAAGCGGCUGAGGAUCGAACAGGGUGCAGAUGAAGAAGGGAUGAUGGACGAAAGAUGGGGUGCAGAUGAACAAGGGAAUGAGGACUUGGGAGGUUUUGUCACACAGAGAGGAUUAACGGCUUUGGCUCAGGGCUGCCAGGAGCUAGAAUACAUGGCCGUGUACGUCACAGACAUAACCAACGAGUCUCUCCGAACCAUAGGCGCGUAUCUGAAAAACCUCAGCGACUUCCGCCUUGUCUUGCUCGACCAGGAAGAGAGGAUAAGAGAUUUGCCGCUGGACAACGGAGUCAGAUCCCUCUUGAUCGGAUGCGAGAAGCUCAGACGGUUUGCAUUCUAUCUCAGGCCAGGCGGCUUAACAGACGUGGGGUUAAGAUACAUCGGACAGUACAGUUUAAACGUGAGAUGGAUGCUUCUUGGCUACGUUGGUGAAACAGACGAAGGACUAAUGGAAUUCUCAAAAGGGUGUCCGAAGCUGCAGAAGCUGGAGAUGAGAGGGUGUUGCUUCAGCGAGAGAGCAAUCGCUGCAGCGGUGAUGAAACUGCCUUCGCUGAGAUACUUGUGGGUACAAGGGUACAGAGAAUCGGUGACGGGACAAGAUCUGAGGGUAAUGUCUCGACCGAACUGGAACAUUGAGCUGAUUCCAGCAAGAAGAGUCCCGGAAGUGAACCUAGGAGAUGUGAGAGAGAUGGAGCAUCCUGCUCAUAUACUGGCGUAUUACUCGCUGGCUGGUCAGAGAACAGAUUGUCCACCAACUGUUAGAGUCCUGAGGGAGCUAUGAUUGAUGAUCCAAAGCAGGUUUGUACAUAAAAGAUUUGGUCAUAUCUUUAGUCUUCCAUGAACUGUGUAAUGGAUUCUUUUACUUCUUCUUCUUACUGUUGUAUUGUCAGUGGUGUUGAGAGAUUACAUAGAUUCUUGUUUGUAAGGGGGGGCCUGGGCAUUACUUUUUUUCUACAUUGGACUAUAGUGGAAUAUGAGUCAUGAUGUUUCUGAUGUACAUCGACUCUACUUUUUCAUUUUCAAAUGUGUAUAUGGUUUCAAGA